AUGGAGAAGAAGAAGCUUAAAGUUGAGAAUACAACUUCAACUCCUAGUGAGGCUAGGAAUCUUGAUGGGCCGGUUCCAUUUCCCGGUCGACUUGCGGAGAGGAAGUUGAAUGACAAGUUUGCAAAGUUCCUUAGUGUGAUGAAGAAUUUCCACAUCAACCUCCCUUUCAUCGAAGUUGUCACACAAAUGCCUUCAUACUCCAAGUUCCUCAAGGAUAUUCUCACCAACAAGAGGAAGCUCAAUGAUGAGCUCAUCACUCUUCCCCAUCAAGUGAGUGCACUUGUCCAACAUAAGAUACCCAGGAAGCAAAAAGAUCCGGGAAGUUUCACUUUGUCGGUAAAUAUUGGGAACAUGGAAGCUAGGGGCGCCUUAGUCAAUCUUGAAGCAAGUGUUAGUUUGAUUCCUCUAUCUAUUGCUCAAAAGCUUAACAUUGAAAUGAUCCCUACAAGGAAGACUAUCCAAUUGGCCGACCGUUCGGUGAAGUUACCUUGUGGUGAGCUUGAAGAUGUUUCUAUUCAAGUUGGGAAUAUUUAUGUGCCUUGUGAUUUUGUAGUGAUGGAUAUGGAAGAAGAUGUUGAUACUCCUUUGAUUUUGGGUCGUGAAGCUCUUAAGACUUUGGGGGUGGUGAUCAAUUGCAAGAACAACACCAUUACAUGUGAGUUUGCCGAUGAAAAGAUUGUUUUUGAGUUCUUUAAGUUACUCAAGGCCCCCAUGGUUGAAAAGUUCUAUAGGGUUGAUGUUGUGAAUGAGGAGUUAGAUCGCUUGGGAAGGGUUAUGAUGAAGCCUCAAGAUCCAAUGGUUGAAGCUCUUACAUGCAAGGAAGAGUAUCAUUCUCAAGAAGCAAAAUAG